UGCUCGCGCCUGUCUCUGUCGUGUGGUUCCGUGGGUGCUGGCCGAUUUCCGUGAUAGCCGGCUCUGGUGACGGCCAUCUCAUGGUCAUCUCAUGGUCAUCUCAUGGUCAUCUCAUGGUCAUCUCAAGGCCAUCUCAUGGUCAUCUCAUGGCAAUCUCAAGGCCAUCUGAUGGUCAUCUCAAGGCCAUCUCAAGGCCAUCUCAUGGUCAUCUCAUGGUCAUCUCAUGGCCAUGUCAUGACCAUCUUCGUGGCCGUUGAUCAUUUGCGUGAUGGCCGGUUCGUGUCAGUCAG